AUGGGUGAAAAAAGCAUUGUCGAAAUUACUGAACUUAAUAAUGAGGAUGAUCCUAAAAUUAAUAAUACAGUUGAAAGUGACGAAAGUUCCUUUGAAACCCCGACAUCUAUUGAGAGUGAUGAAGGAUCGUUCGGAACGCCAGCAUCCACGCCUAAAAGUAUCCGUAAAACAUCAAAAGGCAAAUAUGGCAAAGACAAGGCACCUAUGCCGCCUAGUAAUAAAGUUUUGGAUGAUAAACAAGAAAUCCAUGACGAAAGUUCGGAAAAUUUACCAAUUCUUACUGAAAUUACUCAAUCUAUUGAAAACAAUGAAAAAAGUGAUGAGGUCGUAGAUGUGCCUAUAAUAGAAGACAAUGAAAAAGUUACUGCAGAUUUUAAUGUAACUGAAUCAGAAAUAGCCACUGAAGCUAGUGAUUUAAAGUUGGAGUUUAAUAAUGCUUCAAAUUCCUCGUUAAAUUUAGACGACAAACAUGACAAGAAAAGACAUAAAUCCAAAUCGCCCGGUCCAAAAGCAAUAUCAACUCUCGGUAAAAUGUUACAACUACCAAAUAAAUUAGCAUUUUGGCAUAAAACAACAGGUAAUGUAUCCGACGCAUCGGAUUCAAGCAGGAAAUCUUCUAUUGAGAGUUUAAAAGACGAGUCUCGAGGUUGCAGUACUAUGAAUACCAUUCAUAAAAGUGAUUAUGAAAACGACAAAAGUAAAGACGAAAAAUUAAGCACAGAUAACAUAUCACAAGAAAUUUCAGAGAAAAGUGAUGAAUUACAAAAAGUUAUUGAAGCUAAACUUGAAAGUAAUCCUGAAUAUAAAUUCAUACCUUUAUAUGAGGACGUACAAAUAUCCAAAAGCACUGAAGCUAUGCUGUCGGCCUCUGCUACAAUACCUCGUGCUAAAAAGUCUAAUAAAAGGAAACCACAGUAG